AUGACAAAGCUGGUGGAGCACCUGAAGAACACUCACGGGAUCGAGAACGCCUUCAGCUGCGACGAGUGCGGGAAAGCGUUCAAGAGCCCGAUGAAUAUCGCGCGACACAAGUUAAUCCACUCUGGUACAAAAAAAUUCUCCUGCGACGUCUGCGAGUACACUUGCAACCAAAAAACAAAUUUAGAAACGCACAAGCGACGACACGCUAAAGAUUUUCUCUUCAAGUGCAGCAUCUGCAAGAAGGGAUUCAUCUCCAAAGCGGACUUUGCGGAGCACGCGAAUGUCCACACGAAUUUCCGGUUCCGCUGCGACGCGUGCGACAAAAAUUACUUCUACAAGAGAAACUUGAUCGCUCAUCUGAGACUUUGUCACUACGAGGUCGAGAAGAAGAAGGACAAGUCCUCGUUCAACUGCAACGAGUGCGAGCUAGCCUUUACCACUCUAGGAACCCUCAGGAACCACAUCCGGAACCGCCACCGGGUAAAGAAGCGCCACCAGUACCUGUGCGACCUCUGCGGAGCAAAUGUAUCUUCGAAAAAAGCUCUUGAUAUUCACACUCGCACUCACACUGGCGAGAGAGACGUCGCCUGUGAUUUAUGCCCCAAGAAGUUCACCACCAAGGAGAACUACAAAAUCCACCGGAGAACUCACACUGGGGAAAAACCCUACGCUUGUCACGAAUGCGGCAAACAUUUCACCCAGAGGUCUUCUCUUGUGAUUCAUCUGAGGUAUCACACCGGCGACAGACCGUACUGGUGUCCUGAUUGUGGGAAAGGGUUUGUUACUAAUCAUUUUUUGAAAAAACAUCGCAAGAGCCAUGAAAAUUCUAAGGUUGCUCCGCAUUUUGAAGAACAACCUCGCAGGUCGAAGUCUAAGUAA